AAGGGAAGAGAGAGAGGGGGAAGAUGAUAACUGACACGGCCACAGGGCUGGUGAAGGGAAGAGAGAGAGGGGGAGAAUGCCACAGGGCUGGUGAAGGGAAGAGGGAGAACUUUUAAAGGAGAACAUUCUUCACUAAAAUUACACGAAUAAAGCGUGUUCAGACAUUUCUGAAAUCUUCAAGAUUAUUUUCCCUUUAAAGUCUCCCAAUCUGUGGUAAUCAAUCCUUCAUGGACCUGUGUUAACACACUGCCUCUUUAAGGGAAUGUGAUAAACGUCCAGACUGGUCAGUGGACCGGCAGAAUGAGUGGUCUCGGAGCUGGCAUCGACUCCUUCUACGAAUACCUUCUCAAGGUUUGUACGGAUUAUCAUUGAGCGCUGUGUACAAGGGCUCGUGUUUAUAAGACUGUUGCGUUUUGCGUGAGAACCAGUCACAAUGUUCGCAGCUGUCGUGAUGUACUGCAGCAGGAAGAUGGUCUGCAAAGCACUCCAUACUUUGUAAAUGUGGACUACUCCACAGCCAGAGCCCUCAACCACUGGAUGGAUGCCCUCUCCGCCUCAUUUGCUGCUGUUCAGGUUCUAGCUGGUGACAUAGAGGAAGCAAUAUGCACACAUGCAGUGUACUACUCCAUCUGGCGGAGGUACAGUGCCCUCCCUGAGCGGUUUGACUGGAACACCAAGUUGCCCAAUGUCAAAUUCUAUCCUCUCCGGCCGGAGCUGGUCGAAUCCACCUACCUCCUCUAUCAGGCCACUCAGAACCCAUUCUAUCUCCAUGUGGGCAGUGAUAUUCUCCACAGUCUUGAGAAAUACACAAAGACAAGUUGUGGCUAUGCCACUCUUCACGACAUCACAACCAAGACCAAGGAGGAUCGAAUGGAGAGCUUCUUUCUCAGUGAAACUUGCAAGUACCUCUACCUGUUGUUUGAUACGGACAACGUUGUCAACCGCUAUUCGGCUCAGUUUGUGUUCACGACUGAGGGCCACGUGAUUCAACUGGACCCAGCACUCAGACACAGACCGUGGGACAAAGACACGUGCCACGACUGCUUCUUGGACAACAGGAGAGCCAUUGCUAGAAUCAACGAGAGCUUUGUCAGCCACUCUUGUCCGGUGUAUGAGCAAGAGAGGAGAUAUGCCUUGCCCCUGUCUCGGCAGAGACUGGGCGAAAUAGAGGCUCUAGUCGGACUAAAGAACACACCAGCCACUCGUUCUGGGGGUGGGGGGUAGCCACUAUCUGUGUGUAUAUUCAAGUGUAGGGUUCAUUCUCAUCAGUCACUCUUGUAUUUCUAUUACGAAUCAACAGUUGUAUGAUUAUAAUUUUAGUGUGAUAUAUAGUCUACUAUAUACUGUGAAGUAA